AUGUCUACAGUAAUGUGCACAUAUGUUGGAUGUUCUAAGAAAAUAUCCACCGAGAAAUCCAUCACAUAUUUCAGAUUUCCAGUGAAAGAUGAAGAACGUUGUCGAAAGUGGAUUCAGCAUUCUGGAAAUACCGAGCUUUUAGAUAUGGAUGAAAAACAAUUGAUAUACAGAAAAAUUUGCGAAGGGCAUUUCGAACAGAAUGCCUUCACUAACCAUCUCCGUCAAAGAUUGGUGAAGACAGCUGUCGCUAUACACUGA